GAUGAGGGGAUGGUGGGGUGGCGAUGACUAAGAGUCGAAGUAUUUGUGGGGUUGUCAGGGCUUUCACUGAGAUGGAUGAGCCCUCAGCCCUCCCAGUUGUCCAUUUGAUCUGAGUACCCUCUGCUCUGCUUCCCUGUGUCCCACCCACCCCCUCCUUCCCUCUAAUACUCUCUCUCUCUCUUUGCCCCUCCUCCUUCUUCCUCUGAUCCUCCUCCUCCUCUUCUCCCCAAUUCUCACAUCAUUUCCCCAAAACUCCCACCCCCUCUUCCUCGCUCAUUCACACACACACACACACACACAAGCCUCGCUCCCUCAUGGACAAGUCAGACAGAGAGACUCAUGACUUCAUGAACGUCCAGUCCUUCUCCCAGCUCCCCUUCAUCCGCCCUCCUCCUCUCAAAGAGAAGCCCCUCAAGCUUUUCGGCAUUGAAUUCCCCAACUCCGACUCUUCUUCUUCCCCCGAUGAUGCCCCUUCCACCACCGCCCCCAAUAACGCCUUCGACCUCGAUUCCAAGGACUCCGCCGCCCCCGACAACAACUCCGACACCACCCGCCGAUUUGAAUGCCAUUACUGUUGUCGAAACUUCCCCACUUCUCAAGCCCUGGGUGGCCACCAGAACGCCCAUAAACGAGAGCGUCAGCACGCCAAGCGAACCCACCUUCAGUCUGCCAUGGUGCACAAUAGCCUCUCGGUCGACGCCGCCGCCGCCGCCCAUGCCUACGGCCUCGUCAACUACCGCCUCGGCUCUGCUCCCUAUCCCUCCUCUGCCGCUGGAAGGUUCUUUGGAACCCACGGCGCUAGCUCCUAUCCUCACCUGCAGCCCAUCAACGGUAGCCCCUUGGCCUUGUGGCGGAUCCCCGCCGUCCACAAUAACCCCGCUGCUUUCAACCGUGACCAGUCGUUGCACUCGCAGCAUCCGUUGCCCUUGCUUGCCGGCGACGAAAUUAACGUCGGGGCUCCUCAAGUCGUUGGUUCCGCUUCGCAGAAUCGCCUCGUUUAUGACUCUAAACCCGGCGUUCACGACCAUGUGAGUUUGGAUCUUCAUCUGUAACGAUGAAUAACUUUAUAUCUCCUCCCCACGAAUAACUUUUGGGGCUUCUCUAUAUGAAUUAUGUGGAAAUUUUUUCUUUCUUUUGUUGAAAUCCUAUGACUUGAUCCCAUGUACGAUAAGGCCCAUAUAUCACUUCGGUUCUUAUUCUCCUCGAAAUUAACAGUGAUCAAUUAUGAUGAGACGAUGAUUUGAUAUGUAAACGAAGUUUCCAUAUUUUAUUCAUGACA